AUGGUGAGAGCCUCCAUUCUUAACGACGCCCUUACUUCCAUCAGAAACGCUGAGAAGGACGGAAGAAGACAAGUCUUGAUUAGACCUGCUUCAAAGACUAUUACCAAGUUCUUGGAAGUCAUGCAAAAGCAUGGUUACAUUGGUGAAUUCGAAGAGAUUGAUGACCAUAGAUCCGGAAAGAUUGUCGUUGAAUUGACCGGAAGAAUCAACAAGUGUGGUGUCAUUUCCCCAAGAUAUGACGUUACUGUUCCAGAAAUUGAAAAGUGGGUUACCAACUUGCUCCCAUCCCGUCAAUUUGGUUAUGUUGUUUUGACCACAUCAAAGGGUAUUAUGGACCACGAGGAAGCCAGACAAAAGCACACUGGUGGUAAGGUUCUCGGAUUCUUCUAUUAA